GAAAAGAUACUCGGUCAUAAAUGGACUUGUAAGAUUGUUGUCCCCCUUUCACAGUUCACAUUCGCCCUCACUCCAUUCUUUCUUCUUCACUGUCCCCAGAGCACACACACCACUUUUCACUUUCCUUCCUCCCACAGAUUCUCCCUCAUCCCCCCAUUUACAUCUUAGAGAGAGAAAAAAAGAGAGAGAAGAAAAAUGAGAGGGCCAUUGGGGCCAGUAAUAGGAAGGUAUCCGUCAUCUAGUGAGGGCAACGGUGGAGUGAGGGAAAGAAGCAGUGAUAUCAUAAAGCACAACAGGAAAUGCAGAGAUUUGGUGUUUCUUGUGAUAUUCAUUGCCUUCUGGGUCGCCAUGAUUGUCAACUCCAGCUUUGGCUUCAACCAAGGAAACCCACUAAGGCUGAAUUAUGGGUUGGACUAUGAAGGGAAUGUCUGCGGCGAUCGGCAUGCUGCCCGGGAUCUUCGUGAAUUGGAACUCAGAUAUUGGUUGAAUCCCAAUCAGGUAUACCAGUCAGGGGUGAAGGGCACCAAAUUCCAGCUCUCGGAUGCCCGGAGUAUUUGCUUGAUGGACUGUCCUAUCCCAUCUGAGGAUGGACUUAAUUGGGUCUGCGAUUACCCGGAGGGAGAUGUUAAAAUCCCAUUGGAUGACUGGAUUGAUAGGAAUUACGAUUAUUUCGCCGACCUUACUCCUGAACUCAGGAACACUUCUCUUCAGCUUCAGGGUCCCUGCUAUCCGGUUAUAUUUCCUAGCGUCAACGUUUAUUGGACUUGCCAGUUCAUUGCGCAUGCAUCGAACACUUCUAUCAAGCGUUGGGAGAUCAUGGGGGGAGUGAAAGUCAUAGAAGACAUUGCUAUUGAUAAAUCCAUCCACAAAGCAGUUAAUGCUCGAUCAGCUGUACUAAAGAGGUAUGUGGCGGACGUGGGGAAAUCUUGGCCUGUGCUACUUGUAUGCGGAGGGUUUCUGCCGCUCUUUUUGUCGAUUAUAUGGCUUUUGAUGAUCCGUCAUCUUGUUGCCGGAAUGCCGUGGAUCACUGUCAUUGUUUUUAAUAUCCUCAUGGUAUCUGUUACAAUGUUUUACUAUUUGAAAGCUGGGUGGAUCGGAAAUGAUGCCAUUUCUCCAAUUAUUGGCGAGCAUGACCCGUACUAUCAUGUAUCCUCAAGGGAGCUAAAUCAUCUCCAUGCAGCUGCUGUCUUCAUGACAGUCCUGAUGAUUGUUGCUUUCCUUUCUUCGAUUGCUAUAGUCCGCCGGAUCCUUAUGGCAACAUCUGUUCUCAAGGUUGCUGCAAAGGUCAUCGGAGAAGUCCAGGCACUGAUAAUUUUUCCAGUUAUGCCAUACGUCAUACUCGCCAUUUUCUUUAUGUUCUGGCUGGCUGCUGCCCUUUAUCUUUUCAGUUCUGGAAGAGUUGUACAGAACGAUUGUGGUGCUAAUUGCUGUGCAUACAAUCUCAAAGCAAUGAGACUGAGCUGUAACAGUUGUUGUGGCUAUAGUAUCCGCUACACUUCUCAUAUUGCCGUCGCAAUCCUUUUUCAUCUUUUCGGUGGCUACUGGGCUACUCAGUUCAUCAGAGCAUGCUCCUCGACAGUGAUUGCGGGUUCUGUUGCAUCGUAUUAUUGGGCUCAAGGAGAAAUAUCUCCGGAGAUCCCCUUUCUUCCUGUUUUCUCUUCAAUGAAGCGGCUUGCGCGAUACAGUCUAGGAUCCGUAGCUCUUGGCUCUCUGGUUGUGUCUUUUGUUGAAUCAGUUCGUUUUAUACUUGAAGCACUUCGUCGAAAGCUCAAACACAUUAAUUCUGUGCCUCAAAGCUGGAUUGGAAAAGUGAUGUAUCACACUUCACAGGGUUGUCUGAGGUGCAUUGGAUGGAUUGUCAGAUCUGUUAAUCGUAAUGCUUACAUUAUGAUUGCAAUAACUGGGAAAGGGUUCUUUAAAGCUUCGGAGAUUGCUACAGAGUUGAUCAUGAGCAACAUCCUUCGGAUUGGUAAGGUGAAUGUCAUCGGAGAUGUGAUACUCUUUCUCGGGAAACUUUGUGUGAGCCUUACCAGCGCGCUCUUCGCCUUCCUCAUGUUGGAUGAUCACAAGUAUAAAUCUGCACACAACAAGAUCUCUUCUCCACUGUUUCCUGUCCUGGUGUGCUGGGGGUUUGGGUAUGUUGUUGCGAGUCUCUUCUUUGGAGUCGUGGAGAUGUCCAUCGACACUAUAAUCCUUUCAUUCUGCCAAGACUCGGACGAGCACCAAGGAACUGCGCAAUAUGCACCGCCUCUGCUGCUUGAGACUCUAGAAGAUCGAAAUAAUGAGAUGCAAAGAUUGACUCAGUGACCCUUUAGAAAUCCCAUUGCAGCCUUCAGUUUUGUGGUUCUUACAAGCUUAAAACAUUCACGAAUCAUGAUAUUUCUGUUGCAGCAGAGGAUAUAUAUAUGUAUGUAUAUGUAUGUGUAUCUUUUUGUAUGUAUUCUCCCUAACCUGGUUACGCAUGCAAUCUAUGCUUUUUGUAUAUGUAAGUGACAUUAUUCAAGAAACAAAAGAAUGAUAUACUCAGCCAAAAUCCAAAGUA